CACCAAACAUCCGCCUCACUACUUCACUACACCAACCCCCAAAACCCUCCCCCAUCUGAGGCCUCGUCCCACCCUAGCCACCUCCCGCACCGCCGCCGUCUCGCACGCGCGCGAUCCCCUCUCCUCGCCCACCAGAUCGCGCCAUGGCCUCCACGGCGUUCGCCGCCGCCAAGUUCCUCCCGGCCCACCUCGACUCCUCGCCGCGCAUCGCGCCGUACCGCGCGGUCCCCACCGCGAAUCUCUCCUUCACCCCGCUCUCCUCCUCGGCGUCGCUCCUCCGCCUCCGAUCCCCGUCGCCGUCCGGCCCGGGAGGCAGGCUGCCACCGCCUCCGCCCCCGCGCUCCUACGGCGGCGGCGGAUCUGGCGACGCCGCGGACUCCGGCGGCGGCGACGGCGAUGGCCGCCGCGGGGGCAUCCUCGGCGUCUUCCUGGCCGGGUGGGCCGCCCGCGUCGCCGCGGACCCGCAGUUCCCGUUCAAGCUGCUCAUGGAGGAGCUCGUCGGAGUCACCGCCUGCGUGCUCGGCGACAUGGCCUCCCGCCCCAACUUCGGCCUCAACGAGCUCGACUUCGUCUUCUCCACCCUCGUCGUCGGAUCCAUCCUCAACUUCGUCCUCAUGUACCUCCUCGCGCCCACCGCCGCCGCCUCGUCCGCAGCCUCCGCGCUCCCCAGCCACAUGUUCGAGGCCGGCGCCUACACGCUCGGCUCCCGCGUCGCCACGCUCAUGUCCAAGGGCGCGACCUUCGCGAUGGUCGGGUUCGCGGCCGGGCUCGCCGGCACCGCGAUCUCCAACGGGCUCAUCGCGAUGCGGAAGCGCAUGGACCCGGCGUUCGAGACUCCCAACAAGGCGCCGCCCACGCUGCUCAACGCGGCCACCUGGGCGCUCCACAUGGGCGUCAGCAGCAAUCUGCGUUACCAGACUCUGAAUGGGAUCGAGUACCUCCUCGGCAAGGUCGCGCCAGUUCCCGUGUUCAAGGUGUCUGUUCUUGCUCUCCGGUGCAUGAACAACGUGCUUGGUGGCAUGUCCUUCGUGUUGCUUGCCAGGUUGACUGGAGCGCAAAGAUCAGAUAAGCCAGCGACGGUUGCAGAAGAGAAGGAAACGUUGAUAGCUGUGAGCAAUGCCGCCGCAGAUGCCAUCAGUGAGGCGAAGGAAGGAGAGGGUAAGUAAGUGGGUAGAGGAGGGAUUAGAGAGCAAAUCGAAGGAAGCUGUGUGGGCCGAGUGCCAUUCGGCAACCCACCUGUAAUAAAGUACUGAUGUUAGUCAUCGCCACAGGACUUGUGCUGCUACUAGCAUUAGCAUUAGCAUUGCUUGAAUUUGUUGCUGCCA